AUGACUAACGCAGCAGAAAUCCUAAACUCAGUUCAGAUUGGUUUAGAUGUCGCCAUAUUCCUUCUCAACACUGAUCGUGGCCUACAAGCGACCGAGUUAUGUAAUGAAUGUUUAUUUCUACUUCACAAACUUGACUCUGGUAUUGACCUUGAUCAUGAUAUCUCUGAUGUAUUAUUCAAUGUGUACUACGCCACCUCUGGUUACACAAAUGCAACACGAUACACCACAAAACUUAUUGACAAGUUUUUUGUCGCCGGAGAACUAACCAUUCAACUGGGAGACAAAUACAUGGCAAAAUGUUGGUAUGCAGAGGCAAAGCAACUUUGUAAAAGCGCUCUUACCAUCUUGAAAGUUAUUGGCCGCCGAAGAGAAGAGGCAGUGGCUUACGCAAGACUUGGAUCUCUUUGUUGGAUCCUCAGCGAAUAUCAGAAGGCGAAAGAAUAUUACGAGAAAGCACUUGCCAUCGCGAUAGAAAUCGGCGACAGAAUUGGAGAAGGAAGAACUUACGGGAACCUCGGAACUGUGUUUGAAUCCCUUGGCGAAUAUCAGAAUGCCAAAGAAUAUAACGAGAAAGCACUUGCCAUCGCGAUAGAAAUCGGCGACAGAAAUGGAGAAGGAGCAGCAUACGAGAACCUCGGAACUGUGUUUGAAUCCCUUGGCGAAUAUCAGAAGGCCAAAGAAUAUCACGAGAGAGCAAUUGCCAUCGCGAUAGAAAUCGGCGACAGAAAUGGAGAAGGAACAAUAUACGGGAACCUCGGAAUUGUGUUUCAAUCCCUUGGCGAAUAUCAGAAGGCCAAGGAAUAUAACGAGAAAGCACUUGCCAUCGCGAUAGAAAUCGGCAACAGAAAUGAAGAAGGAAGAAGAUACGGGAACCUCGGAACUGUGUGUCAAUCCCUUGGCGAAUAUCAGAAGGCCAAAGAAUAUUACCAGAAAGCACUUGCCAUCGCGAUAGAAAUCGGCAACAGGAAUGGAGAAGGAAGAACAUACGGGAACCUCGGAACUGUGUUUCAAUCCCUUGGCGAAUAUCAGAAGGCCAAAAAAUUUUACGAGAAAGCAAUUGCCAUCGCGAUAGAAAUCGGCGACAGAAAUGGAGAAGGAGCAGAAUACGGGAACCUCGGAACUGUGUUUGAAUCCCUUGGCGAAUAUCAGAAGGCCAAGGAAUAUAACGAGAAAGCACUUGCCAUCGCGAUAGAAAUCGGCGACAGAAAUGGAGAAGGAACAACAGACAAGAACCUCGGAAACGUGUUUCAAUCCGUUGGCGAAUAUCAGAAGACCAAAGAAUAUUACGAGAAAGCACUUUCCAUCGCGAUAGAAAUCGGCCAUAGGAAUGGAGAAGGAACAACAUACGGGGACCUCGGAACUGUGUUUGAAUCCCUUGGCGAAUAUCAGAAUGCCAAAGAAUAUCACGAGAAAGCAAUUGCCAUCGCGAUAGAAAUCGGCGACAGAAAUGGAGAAGGAGCAGCAUACGGGAACCUCGGAACUGUGUUUGAAUCCCUUGGCGAAUAUCAGAAGGCCAAAGAAUAUCACGAGAGAGCAAUUGCCAUCGCGAUAGAAAUCGGCGACAGAAAUGGAGAAGGAACAAUAUACGGGAACCUCGGAACUGUGUUUCAAUCCCUUGGCGAAUAUCAGAAGGCCAAGGAAUAUAACGAGAAAGCACUUGCCAUCGCGAUAGAAAUCGGCAACAGAAAUGAAGAAGGAAAAAGAUACGGGAACCUCGGAAAUGUGUGUCAAUCCCUCGGCGAAUAUCAGAAUGCCAAAGAAUAUAACGAGAAAGCACUUGCCAUCGCGAUAGAAAUCGGCGACAGAAUUGGAGAAGGAAGAACUUACGGGAACCUCGGAACUGUGUUUCAAUCCCUUGGCGAAUAUCAGAAGGCCAAAGAAUAUUACGAGAAAGCACUUGCCAUCGCGAUAGAAAUCGGCCACAGGAAUGGAGAAGGAAGAACAUACGGGAACCUCGGAACUGUGUUUCAAUCUCUUGGCGAAUAUCAGAAUGCCAAAGAAUAUUGCGAGAAAGCACUUGCCAUCGCGAUAGAAAUCGGCGACAGAAAUGGAGAAGGAACAGCAUACGGGAACCUCGGAAAUGUGUUUCUAUUCCUUGGCGAAUAUCAGAAGGCGAAAGAAUAUUACGAGAAAACAAUUGCAAUCGCAAAAGGAAUGGGAGUCAAAGGAAACGAAUGUUCAGGAUACUUAGCCCUCGGAAAGGUUUAUAGCCUGCUUAGGAAAAAUCGUCAAGCUAAAGAAGAGUUCGAUAAAGCACUGAGCAUUGGUACAGCAAUUGGAAUAAGAGGAGUAGAAGCAGGUGCUCUCACAGGUUUGGCAAAUGUGUUCGCUUUUAUCAAUGACAAUCAGAAAGCAAAAGAACAUCUUCAGAAGGCGCUCACCAUUAGCAAGGAAUGUGGCAAUAAAGGUCUUGAAGGAACAAUUUACCUCGUGCUCGGAGAUCUAUGCAGAUCGCUUAGUGAAUGUGAUGAGGCAGAAGAUUACUUAGAGAAGGCUCGUUUCAUGAGCAGUAGAAUUGGAGACAUAGAGACUGAGUUUAAAAGCCUUCUCUGCAUCACACUUUUAAAGGUAUCGCAAUCAAUGGUUGUGGAAGCAAAGGAACAUCUCCUUCGAUGUAUUGGAAAAUAUGAACAAUUGAGGAAUUUUCUUAAAGGAAACAAAGAGUUUGAAAUAUCUCUGUUCGAGGCGCACGGUUCUUUUCCCUACCAGCUCCUCACUAACUUGCUUUGCAACGCUGACAAAUUUCAAGACGCUCUUUAUGUCGAGGAGCUGGGACGAGCGAGAGUCCUGGUAGAAUCUAUGACAGAGAAGUUUUCCGUUGAAAGCCACAUUUCAGCUGAUCCACAAUCAUGGUUCGGGAUUGAAAACAUCGUGAAAAAGGAGAGUAACUGUGUCUUUUUGUACAUUUCGUAUCGUGAGCGGCAAGUUUGUCUCUGGGUUUUGAAAGCAAAUGGAGACAUUACCUUUCGGGUAAACGACAAAGUGCAAGACGGCACUCUUAUUCCUGAGAAAGUUUACAACGUGGAAGGAAUUUUCAAAAAGAGUGCCGCCAGCUUUGGCGUUUUACCCACAGCGAAUUGCGAAGAUCGAUCUUUGGAUGGUAACGUAACGACAUCUCUUUUUGAAGAAAGCCGAGCAACUUUGCGCGAUGACGAAAGCAAAGAAACCGAAAGAAUUCAUCAUUUGUGUUACAAAUGGAUCAUCGCUCCCGUGGCAGAUUUACUUACAGAGCCUGAAAUUAUCAUUGUGCCGGAUCGUUUCUCGUAUCGAGUCCCAUUUGCUGCCUUGCGUGAUGAAUCAGCCGGAAAGUAUCUAUCGGAGACUUACAGAAUCCGUAUCGUCCCUUCACUGACGACCCUCCGGCUCAUUCAAGAUUGUCCAGCAGAUUAUCACAGUGAAACUGGUGCACUUAUAGUGGGUGAUCCAACGGUUGGCCAGGCCUACUACGAUGGACGUGUCGCUAACUUUGUACCAUUGUCCUGUGCUAGAAAGGAAGCAGCGAUGGUUGGUCGACUGCUGGGAGUUCAGCCUUUGUUAGGAGAGUCUGCAACUAAGCAGGCAGUACUUCAAGCGAUACCUUCAGUGAGUCUCAUACAUGUUGCCGCACAUGGAAAUGCCGAAAGAGGAGAGAUUGCCCUUUCACCUAAAUGUCCUAAAUUUACCACCAACAGUUUUCCACAAGAAGAAGACUACCUCUUGACAAUGUCCGACAUUUUCGGAGCUCAAGUGCGAGCAAAACUGGUGGUACUAAGCUGUUGUCACAGUGCGCGUGGAUUGGUUAAAGCCGAAGGAGUUCUUGGAAUCGCUCGAGCAUUCUUAGCAUCCGGUGCACGUUCGGUGUUGGUAGCAUCGUGGGCCAUAGCAGACGAACCAACGGAGCAGCUCAUGAAUCAUUUCUACAAGCACCUUGUACGUGGAGAAAGUGCCAGUGAAUCUCUUCACCAGGCCGUAAAAUGGUUGAGAAGCAACGGCUUUCCCAAACCCAAACAGUGGGCUCCAUUUGUGCUGAUGGGAGACAACGUGACAUUUGAUUUCACGUACAUUGGGUAAGUCUGGUUCUGAUAAGCAAUUUCCAUGAGCUACCUUACGUUACCUAACAUUAGCUAUCGUAGGAAUUGGUUAAUUGUUAGAGCAGGGGUGUGCAGGGAUUGCAAGGGAGGGGGGCCGUUGAGGAUUUUGGUUGUGUCCCAGUAAAGUUUACCUGACCCCCUGUAAGAUGCUAUUCUUUAGACCCCCACCCCAACCCCCCGACAGCACUGUGGAAGAUUUUGAUGACUUAAAAUUGGCCUUGAAUCAAAAUUGCUUGUAUGUGUGAAAUUUUUCAGAAAUCAUUCUCCAAACGCAGGCUCGAUAGGAUGACAGACAGACCAAACCAACGAAGACAACUUGAGAGAUAUAAGCUACCUUCAAACAAGUCAGCUUUGUUUUUUAAAAUGUAACAACAAAAAUCAAAUGAUGAUCUUAAAGUGACUUUGGCAUCAAGCAUAGUUCCAUACGCAAUAAUUUGAAAGUUUGGAAAAUGAUAAUCAAUGAUAUUGAGGUUGAUAGCUAUUUGAGCUGUAUGUCUUGCUACUUUGAAUCUUUUAGAAAUUCUGAUCCAUAUAAUGCUUUCAAAUUGAAAUUGUAUUAUGUUUAAUUUGUUACAGGAAAGAGGAACACAAGGAGGACAACAAUGAGGAAGAGAAGAAAUAG